AUCAAACCUAGCUAGUUUUUCUUUUUCUUGGGUUGGUGCCUGCACUUCCAGGGUUCGUAAAGCCAAGGUGACGAUCAAUCCAAAAGAAAAGAAAACGUGAUGGCCAAGACAAUCAACAGAGAGGAGCUGGGCAAGGUUGAGAUUAUAUUAGACCAAGAAUUAGAGAAAGCAAAAGGUGAGAUUGGUGUUGGGGACGUUAUUUACUUGGAGGAGCUGUUAUCCGAAAUGAGGGAUAAGUGUGACCAGGGAUUGCAGAACCUCAAAACCAAACAGGGGGAGUACAAAUCAUGGGUAGACAUGUGGGAGCAGGAGUUUCAGCUGAAGUUGAAAAAGAAGAAGGAAAAGUUUGAGGAGAGGAUGAAGAGAGAGAAGGAGAAGCACAGAGAAGAGAAGGAAAAGUGGGAGGAAGAGAGAAGUUUAUUGAAGGCAAAGUAUGAAGCGAUGCGGUGGACUUAAGCUGGGUUUAUUCUGGGUUAUAUAUUUUGAUUAAAAAAGAAAAAUAGUUAGGGUUUAUUUUCUUGUUUUUCUUCAUUAUGUAUUAUUCUUUUUCCUUAUUGUUAAUCAGAGUAAUCAAUUAAGUUUUGGUCCAA